AUGUCCUUAGGAGAUGCUGCCACUAUUUUCCAGGUCGUAAAUAGGGUGAAAGAACACGUCGAGUUGGUUUCCAGCAACGAGGAAGAGCUCACCAGAAUCGCCAAUAUCUUGAAUGAAAUUGCAGAGGCCGUCUCACACUCUCGAAUCGACUCCAACUCCAGCGAUACGCAGGCAUUCAACGAUGCCCUGAGCGAAGUCCAAGACUGCGUCUUGCAUCUGAACAACAUAGUACGAAGGCAGGCAAAGCGGAGCUGGCUUGCACAGCAAUGGAAAGCCAAGGAGACAGCCGCCGAUCUCGACGCCCUGUAUCAACAGCUUCAGAUAUGUCACAACAAGUUUCAGCUUCGAGCGGCUGGGUCUAUCGCCGGCGUGGUGCAUGGUGUACGGGACGGCGUUACUACCUUGCAACAGGAUCUUAGACGGGCGGUCCAGAUGCUGGAAAGAUUGCAGAUCCAAGCAGAACGUAGUGAUGGUCCACGCCAGGCGCAAUUCCGACCCCUGUAA